AAGAAAACUCUCGUCUUUGACAACCACAAAAUCAGUUUUAAAUUUCUUCCCGAGUUUGGGUUUCGGUGUCUCCUCGCUGAAGAACGGUUUUGGACUCCCAAGAGCUUCCAUUUUCAGGCAGGAUUCUGAUACUUCAUAAGAACACUGAGAGAACUGAAGAUUUAAGAGAUUUAGGAGUCCAUUAUGUUGAAGCGGUUGCCAAGCAGAAAUCAAAGAUCAAAAGGCAUUAGGGUGAAACAUGUUUUGCAGAUUUGUCUGCUUCUUGGAGUCUGCUUUUGGCUAAUCUACCAGGUUAAGCAUUCCCAUGAUAAGAAAAAAGCAUUGGACGUGAAUGGUGUGAAAACCUCGGCCGCAAGCGUAAGCGAUAGUGAGAUUAUCAAACUUGGGAGGAAAGACCUUCCUCGUGAGGAUGUAGCUAAAAUUGAGAAGCCUGAGGAAGAAGAGGAAGAAACCCCAAUAGAGGAAGAAGAAAGGCAAGAAGAAGAGCGAGAAGAGGAAGAUAACAAGCACGAAGGACAUGGAGAAGAGGAAGAAGAGAACAAGAAUGAAGAGACAGAAGAUGGAGGUGGUGGGGAUGAUGAGAUAGAUGAGAAUGACCAGGAGAGAAAAGAGGAGGAAGGCAAUCGCGAUGAGGAUUUUGUAGAUGAUGAUAAAGAGCAGGAAGGGAAUGUUGAUGACGAGGAGAAAACAAAUGACAAUGGAGACAUAGAGGAUCAAGUAGAAAACGGGAACUCAUCUGAGGAUCAGGAUAAUGACGGUGGUAAUCGGAGUGAUCAUGAGGCACGGGAGGAACAUUAUAAGGCUGAUGAUGCAUCCAGUGAAGUGGCCCAUGAUGCCCAAGUUGUAAACACGGAAAUAAAAACAAGUUCAGAAAACUCAAAUGAGAACGUUGAAACAAAUAAUGCUGAGAAAUUGAAUAACACGGAGGCUGUUAACAAGAACAAAAGCGAAUUGAGAUCAGUAGUGGGAGAAGGUGGAGUUGCUGAAAAUGCUACUUCUUUGGAUGUGGUUUCUUCUGGGCAGAAGGUUGAGAAUAGUUCUGUGGAUAACCAACUAUUAGAGAUAACAAAAGUUAAUGAUCAACCAGAACCAGGCAAUAGCGGAGUCCAGGUGAGUACAGAAGCUAGCAAUAGCUCUAGUGUAGCGAGUUCGGAAUUUAACAAUAACACAACUGCAGUAGUGAGUACAAAGGAAAGCAAUAACACAACCGAAACACAAAAUGACGUGUCUUCCAACUCUUCCCAGAAGAACAGUACAGAAGAGUCUGUAGCCGAUGCAGGUCUUGCUCAAAAUGCAAUGUUGGAUGGUACAACCGGCAGGGGGAGCACAGGAGAGAAAACUUCAUUACUGGAACAGACAAACAACUCCACCAUCAAUUAUGAGAACAACAAGGUUGAUUUUAAUUCCACAAUUUCCACUGAAACGAAAAAUGCAAAUGAGGCCUCCAAAGAAUCCUCAGAUUCAUCUAAUAACACAGAGCACGAUGUUUCGGAAAAGAUAUUGAAACCUGAUGAAACAGUUCAAGCAGAGGAUGGUUCCAAUUCUUCGACUGCGAAGGAGGAUACUGAUGCUACUCAGAACGAGAAGUCAGAGAACAAAAGCGAUGCUGAAGGAGGAGAAGAGGGUGCAGGCUCGACCAGUGGGACUGAAGUUGCAAUUCAACAUGAUCCUUUAGAUUCUUCGGAUACCCAGAUUGGGCAAGAAGUGAAAGACGUUAGAACGGAUUUGGAUACAUUACCAGACUUGAGAUCUAUAGGGGAUGAAAGUGAAGGGGCUGCAGCAGAAUGAUUGUUAAGAUUUCAGAGGUUUUGAGUCUUUCCAUGUGCAUCCGAGGUCUCACAUUUAGCUUUUUUCUCUCGUUGCACAAAGAGCGAAAGAUUAGCUUUUUCUUUCUUUCUUUCUUUCUUUUCCCCUUUCUUUUUGGGGCAUAAUUGUGUGAAGCUAUUGUCCUAUGGCCAGAAUAGUUAAAACUAGGUUAUCUGUAUAAGUAUUAACUAGUUCCAAGUUUCCAUCAAAUAUUGGUUUUCGUCUCUUGCAAUUUGCUUUUUCUUCAAUUGUUUGUAAUAAUUUGCUUUUGCUAUUUUGAUGAGGGUGGUCCGUGAUUCACAAA